GUCAGUUUCUUCGCUACAACAUUGCUUGUCUGCGCUGUUCAUAUGAAAAACGCUCCAAACCUUCCUGCGUAAUUUCCUCUCAAAGGAUUUUCGCUUUUGGAUUGAUUUCCGUAUGGAAAUGAAUUUCCAUUUGUUUGGAUUUUAGUUCAUCUGAGUUAUUUUUAUUUUUAAUAUUUUGGUUGAAUUGAAGUGUUAUUCUGCUGUAUAAUUGCAAACCGUUAAGUCGAUUUUGUGUUUUUGGAUUUUUUGCGAUAGAGCAGCAAUAUCGAGUUUUUCAGAUUUUGAAGUUCUUGAAAUUGAACAAUAAUUUUUGAAUCUCGUGUUUGAAGCUCGAGAUUUUUGAGCGAGAAGAGGUUUGGGGUUAGGGAUUUCGUGGUUGUGAAAUUGGGGAGAUUAAUUUACAAUCGUGGUGGUGGAUGCGAUGAUUAAGCUGGGAUUGAAGUCGCGGUCGCGGAGGGUGGUUCAGGACAGUUCUGUGGCGGUGGAGAAAUCGAAGAUUUGUAUGGGUAAAGGUAAAAGCGAGGAGGAGGAGGAGGCUGCUGAGGAUUGUGGCUAUUGUUGGUGGGACAGUUUGCCUUGGGAAUUAUUGAGAGAAGUGUUGUCGAAGGUGGAGGAAUCUGAGUCGAAAUGGCCGUCUCGGAAACACGUGGUGGCUUGCGCUGGUGUCUGUAAGAAUUGGAGGGAGAUGAUGAAGGAGGUCGUGAAAACUCCCGAGCUUUCUGGAAAACUCACUUUUCCUAUAUCUGUUAAGCAGCCCGGGCCACGAGAGUCUCUUAUCCAAUGUUUUAUUAAAAGGGAUCGCUCUACUCAAACUUAUUCUCUCUUCUUGAGUUUAAGCCAAGCACUGACAGAUGACGGGAAAUUUCUUCUUGCUGCACGUAAGUGCAGGCGGACCACGUGUACGGAUUACAUUAUCUCACUACAUGCUGAUGAUAUGUCAAAGGGGGCCGCCACAUAUCUCGGAAAAUUAAGAUCGAAUUUUUUGGGAACAAAGUUUGUUGUGUAUGAUGCUCUUCCUCCCCACUGUGGAGCGAAAAUGUCUAAAAGUUGGUCCACCCGCAUGGUUGGGUCGAAACAAGUUUCACCUAAGGUUCCUGCUGGAAACUAUCCCGUGGCUCACAUUUCCUAUGAGCUUAAUGUGCUCGGAGCCAGAGGUCCGCGAAGAAUGCACUGUGUUCUCGAUGCAAUUCCUUCAUCUGCCAUUAAACCCGGAGGAUCUGCUCCAACCCUGACACAGUACCCCAUCGCCAGGACUGACCCGACUACUCCGGCAAUCCCAUUCUUCCGCUCGAAAUCAAAUCAUUCAGACAAACUUUUGUCGGGGCCAUUGACCAGCCGGCUUGUUCUGAGAAACAAGGCUCCACGAUGGCACGAGCAACUCCAGUGCUGGUGUCUGAAUUUCCAUGGGCGCGUCACAGUCGCGUCUGUUAAAAACUUUCAGCUGGUUGCUUCCCCAGAAAACGACGCCCCCGGGGGGCCAGAGCACGAGAAGGUCAUUCUUCAGUUUGGGAAAGUCGGGAAAGAUGUCUUCACGAUGGACUACCGGUAUCCCAUCUCGGCUUUCCAGGCCUUUGCCAUAUGUCUUAGCAGCUUCGACACUAAAAUCGCCUGCGAAUGAAUAGACAGACUUGUUUUUGCCACCGGAGGCGCGGCGGCGAGGCGAAGUUCCCGGAGGGGAGAGAAAGUGAGAGGUGAUGGGAUUUGUUAGUUUGGAAGGUGAGAUGAGUAAGAAAAAAGAUGGUAAGGUGUACAUAGAGAUAUAUAUAUAUAUAUAUAUGUGCUUGUUGUGUUUCGUGUUUGUUGUGAAUUGUGCUGUUGUUACAGAAAUGAUAUGUGAGAAGAAGGUUACAAGCGUGCUGCACCAUUCACAUUUGUAUAUUUGCUGUACAUUUGUAUAUUUCAAUUUAUCAAAUUGAAUCGAGAUUUUAUUGAAACGCUAUUAACUA